AGACAGUCUCUGCGUGCGUAUUGAUCACACAUACUGAUACAGUCACACUCUUACAUAUCACACCGUAGAGGCGCGCAAUUGCACUGUAGGGGCGAAUAGGUGCUCAUAGAUACAGGCUUAUAGGUACCGCCACCUAUACGUAGGAAAGAAUUCAGUAGCAACCUCACUACAUGCAUCAUGGUUUACAAAGCCUCCAGUACAGGAUGUUACAACAUCAUGUACUUCUUUGCAAUCCUCUUGACGAUUGUGACGUUCGUGUCACUGUACUAUCUGUUCAAUCUCGCGGAUAGAUUCAGUCUGCAAUGGCUGUUGGUAGGUUACUAUGACGAAUUGGGUCAGUGGAACGAAGGAAUCACCCCCUACUUCUGGGCGGCCAUUGGAAUCACGUGCGCUAUUGCUGUGAGUGUAGUAGGCGCAGCUUGGGGUAUUAUGUUGACCGGGUCUGCGAUUGUUGGAGGAGGUGUUAUGGCACCACGCAUACGCACGCGCAACUUGAUCUCAAUUAUCUUCUGCGAAGCAGUUGCCAUUUAUGGUAUUAUCAUGGCCAUUGUGUUCAGCAAUGGACUUAAGUCCUAUGAUCUGGGUGCCCUCGCCAGCAUAAAUCCCGAGGGCUCUGAGGAGCUAUAUAAAGCGAGAAAUCUGACGAUUGGACAGAACAUGUUUGCCGGAGCCCAAAUGCUUGGCGCUGGUUUGACCGUAGGAUGGUCUAAUGUGGCGUGUGGUGUGUGCGUUGGACUUGUUGGAGCCGGAGCUGCGCUGGCAGACGCCCAGAAUGCCGAUUUGUUUGUGAGAAUCCUGAUCGUCGAGAUUUUCGCGUCAGCUAUUGGUCUUUUCGGUGUCAUUAUUGGCAUUAUCAUGGUGCAAACCGUACGUUUCGGAAACAUUGAAUAAUUAACAAGGCGACACCAGAAGUAUAAAAAAAGAUUGCACGGGCUUGCUCGAUUGGGUGACUGGGAUAGCCCAUCAGGGAUAGUCAAUAGCGGCGAGACGAUGUGUGCAAUAAAGUUUAGUUAUGUACACGC